AAUCUUUGUUUCCUUGAUGUUUCCCCAAAUAUGUCAAUACAGACUGCAAAGCUAGUUGUUGGGAUGCUUUAAGGAAAGCUGUUUCUUUAAGCCAGAUGUUGUGAAGCUUCAUUUCUGGAUUUAAUUUCUGGAAGUAGUCAUUUGACUGGACACCUGAUUGCUACUAUGGAUCAAAACAACAGUUUACCACCCUACGCUCAGGGCUUAGCAUCCCCACAGAGUGCAAUGACUCCAGGCAUCCCUAUUUUUAGUCCUAUGAUGCCCUACGGCACUGGCCUCACACCCCAGCCUGCUCAGAGUACCAACAGUUUGUCUAUCUUGGAAGAACAACAGAGGCAGCAGCAGCAGCAAGCAGCAGCACAGCAGUCCACGUCGCAACCAGCACAAGGAGCCUCUGGCCAAACCCCACAGCUCUUCCACUCACAGACUCUUACGACUGCUCCUUUACCAGGAACCACGCCUCUCUACACCUCUCCUAUGACCCCUAUGACCCCCAUAACACCUGCCACCCCUGCUUCUGAAAGCUCCGGGAUUGUACCGCAGCUGCAGAAUAUUGUGUCUACAGUAAACCUUGGUUGCAAACUUGACCUAAAAACCAUUGCUCUUCGUGCUCGAAAUGCUGAAUACAAUCCCAAGCGUUUUGCUGCGGUAAUUAUGAGAAUAAGAGAGCCACGUACCACAGCCCUCAUAUUCAGCUCUGGAAAAAUGGUGUGUACUGGAGCUAAAAGUGAGGAGCAGUCCAGGCUGGCUGCGAGAAAGUACGCUAGAGUUGUACAGAAGUUGGGCUUUCCUGCAAAAUUCUUGGAUUUUAAAAUUCAAAAUAUGGUGGGCAGUUGUGAUGUAAAAUUCCCUAUCAGACUUGAGGGAUUGGUUCUUACGCAUCAACAGUUUAGCAGUUAUGAGCCAGAGUUGUUUCCUGGUUUAAUCUACAGAAUGAUCAAACCAAGAAUUGUACUGCUUAUAUUUGUUUCUGGCAAGGUAGUUUUAACUGGUGCAAAAGUCAGAGGUGAAAUUUAUGAAGCAUUUGAAAAUAUUUAUCCUAUUUUAAAAGGAUUCAGAAAAACAACGUAACAGUUCCAUGUGCUUAUUUGUGAAGCUGGAGCACAUUUUAAAAGGUAUUGAUUAUGGCACAGCAGUAAAACACAUCAGGACUUGGAGUAUCUUCCCAGAUAGUGCCUGUUUCCCUGUUUUUCAUGGGAAGGGAAUAUAUCAUUGUGUGUUUGUCUGCACUGAGUUACUGUGCAUUGCUUCACCAUGUUCUCAUUGGAGAAAUAACUGAGCUUAUUUACAUUUCUGGCUCUUAAAAUGGCUAAUUUUAAAAAUCUGAACAGCUUAUGCUGGCAAGUUGGCUAAACUGUAUUACCCAACAUUUAAAACCUUGGGGUUACUUACAGUAUUCUUUCAACCAUGGAUUUUAUAACCAGAAACUUUAAUUUUAUGCUUUUAGACCUACUUCCACAUUCCCUAUAUUUCCAGUGUUCAACAGGACAGAAACUUUGCUAGCAAGACAGAUGGCUGUAUAUAUUUCUCAUUUUGUGAAGCAAUCCUAAAUGUAUAAUUAAGUUUAUGAAACUUGACUAAAUAAUUCGAUAGUAAAACUUGUGAUCUAUCUUUGCUUUUGCCGUUUUAAUGUGCUAACUGCAUGCGUAUAGCUUAAAUAUCUUGAUUUUUAUAAGAUUUUUCUUAACAAUCCAGUAUUAAAGUAAUGUUUUGCCAUUUAA